GUUCAUCUCUCUUUCGCGUUUAUGUUUGUCAAAACAAAAUUAAAAAUUAAUUUAAUUAUUGUAUAAUUAGCUUCUAAUCCAAGCAAAAUUCACAAAAUGCAGUGUAAAUAACGUCCCCAUGUGUUUCUGUGUAUGUGUGUCCCUAUUUUAUUGUGUGUAAAGUAAAGAACUUGUCGUCUGAAAAGUCCUACCCCGUGCAAGAAAAAAUGGACAUGUCCAAGUUUAAUAGCCAAUGCACUUGUGCUGGCCUCCGCAGCUAAAGGCCACAAAACGUUAAAAAUAUAACUAUAUUCGUAAAGCAGCCAAUAAACAAUAAUGCUGCAAUAUAAAAACGCUAACGCAACCGUUGCCAAUGUGGUCAAUAACAAUAAUAAUGGACAAGCGGCCGCUGCCACGCCCGCUGCCUCCACAAAGGUAGCAACCAGUGCGGGUGCAGUCGGUGUUGGCAAUGCGACCACAGGCACGCCCGCACCACAAAUGCAACAGAUAAUAAAUAUACAUCAGAUGCCGUCGCAAUUCAUGCAAGCAGCACAGCUGCAGCAGGCUGGGGGUGCAACCACAGUCUCUGGUCUGCCCCAAAACAUGUUUCAAAUCGUUCAACCAAUGGGCAUGCAAACCGUGAAUAUUGACGGCCAGGAGGCUAUCUUUAUACCCAAUCUGAAUGCACAGCUGGCCACGGCCCAAGCAGUGAACAUAAAUGGCCAGCAGGCGUUUAUAACGCCAAAUGGUCAAAUAGUGCGGGCGCCGCAGGCGCUGCAAGCACACGAUCCCACCCAGACACAGCUGUUUACGAUACCCGGAACCAACAUACAAAUACCGUUGGCAAACAUUGUUCAGCAGCAACAGCAGCCGCAGUUGCAGCAACAGCUGCAACAACAACAACAGCAGCAGCAGCAGCCCCAACAGUCCGCUACGCCCGCUCUACAAGCCCAGCAGCAGCAGCAGCAACAACAACAGUCACAGCAGCAACAGCAUAAUCAGGCGUCAGCUGCGUCAUCAGCAACGGCAACACCACAAACCAUCACGAUUCCCGGCACCAACAUACAAAUACCCGCCUCUGUGGCUGCCGCAAAUGGGCUUCUGGGCAACAUAACGAACCUUCUGGGCGCCACACCAACGACAAUUAAACUGGAGAAUGGUCAAUCGCUGCAAAAUAUUCAACUGCGCACAGCAGCGCCUGGCUCUGCACCACAAUUGCUGCAAUUUCCACAGCCAGCGCCGGCGGCACCAACGCUGCAGCAAACCGUUGCUGUGCAGAUACCUGUUCAAACGGCCAACGGUCAGACAAUCUACCAGACUGUUCAUGUGCCAGUGCAGGCAGCAGCAGCGCCAGCAACGGCAGCCACCCAACCCACGCUGUCCAAUCUCACGCAAUCCAUUCAAGCGUUGCCUGCCUCCAUGCAACAGGCGGCUGCACAAAUGCAAAUUAUACCACAGUUUGCGCAAAUUGCACAGAUUGUCACGCCCAAUGGACAAAUACAGCAGGUACAACUGGCACCACUGAAUGCGCUCAACUAUUCCCAGUUGCCUCCGAAUGCGAAUAUUAUACACAUACAAAAUCCGCAGCAGCAUCAGCAGUUUAUUCAGCCACAAGCUCAGCUUCAGCAGCAACAACAACAGCAGCAGCAGCAACAGCAACAUCAGGCGGCUGCAGCAGCAGUUGCACUGCAGCAACAGCACCAACAGCAACAACAACAGCUACUGAAUGCCAUCAAUGAAGCGGGCGGACAAUUGCCAGCGAAUCAACCGAUAACAAUUACGAAUGCACAGGGACAACAGCUGACAGUGAUACCAGCACAGCAGCUGCAACAGUUGCAGCAACUGCGGGCCAGCCAAGCUGCCGCUGCAAUGCAGUUGCAGUCGAGUAAUCUGCAGGCAUUGCCCAUACAGAACAUACCCGGCCUGGGGCAGGUGCAAAUUAUACAGGCGAAUCAGUUGCCAGCAAAUCUGGCGGCCAAUUUCCAACAGGUGCUCACACAGCUGCCCAUGCCCAUGCAGACGACGACAGCAAUCGGAAAUCAGGCGCAGAACGUGCAGAGCACAAAUGCGGCAGCUCCCGCGCUGACCAUGCUACCCAAGCAGGAGCCACAGAGUCCCACCCAAUUGAUCACAAACAUUAAGCAGGAGCCGCCAGAUACCUGCAGUGUCACGACCAUUUCAAAUGCAACGCCCACAACAGCACAGCAGCAGCAGCAGCAGCAACAACAGCAGCAGCAACAACAACAGCAGCAACAACAAAUUAAAUUCAUAAUGCCACAGUCACCACAGCAACAGCAACAACAACAGCAGCAUUCUGAUGGAAGCAAUAGCAACUGUCUGCCCGCCGUAAGCAUACCAGCCUCCAUACAGAUUACUGCCUUGCCACCACCAGCGACGCCAGCAACAAUACGCAACACGCCCAAGCUGACCAUGUCCAGCAUUGGCAGCACGAGCACUAGCACACAAAUAACCAUGAGCUCGGCCGGCCAGGUAGUGGCAGUGACAACGCCGGCGCGUACCAAGCUGAUGAAGCAAGCAUUGCAGUCGUCUGCGACGUCGGCGACCAGUGUCAAUGUGAACAUCAAUGUGGGCGAGAGCAUGGUGCCGGAGAUCAAGCCACGGCUGAAGCGCGUCGCCUGUACCUGUCCCAACUGCACCGACGGCGAGAAGCAUUCGGAUCGCAAGCGGCAGCACAUCUGUCACAUACCUGGCUGCAGCAAGGUCUACGGCAAAACGUCACAUCUGCGCGCCCAUUUGCGCUGGCAUACGGGCGAGCGUCCAUUCGUUUGCUCCUGGGUAUUUUGUGGCAAGCGCUUUACGCGCUCGGAUGAACUGCAGCGACACCGGCGCACGCACACGGGCGAAAAGCGUUUCCAGUGCCGCGAGUGUAACAAGAAGUUCAUGCGCAGCGAUCACCUGUCCAAGCACAUCAAGACGCACUUCAAGACGCGUUCGGGCGUCGAUCUCAUCGAAUUGAACAUCAAGCAGGAACCGAAAAUGAAUGCACCCAAAAGUAUUAACACCGUGAGCGGCAUUGUAACCAUUGAGUUGCCAACGAGCGGUGCACCGGCAAAUGGCAGCGGCGCCUCCAGUGUGGCGGCAACAGUUGCGGGCUCAACUGUGACGGCAGCGCCAGGCGGUGCCACGAUUGUCCAGCUGCCCACAUUAGGCGGUGACGAUGUGGUUGGCGGUGCGUCCACUGAUAGUUUUGGCGAAGACGAUGAAAUGGAAGAUGGGGAAUUGACCGAAGAGGACGAUGAGGAGCUAACGGAGGAGGAGGAGGACGAUGACGAGGACAGCGGGGACGAGAAAAUGCACAUCUCUGUGAGCGAGCUGGGCGAAAACUCAUCCAACUAGCAUACGGAAUCACUGUUCAUGGAACAGUUCAUCUUUGACCACUUCCCAUAACCGUAGCUGGUCCCGGCAACGGGACUGCUAGAUCAAUUGCAACCUGUACAGUUGAUAUCCAGCAAUUGCGACUAUUAGGCUUAAUUGUAUUUAUGUUGUGUUAAUGUAAAUCUUUGUAUAUAAUUCCGUU